UUAUAAUAAACUAAUUUGUAAACAUAAAGCCUUAAUUAAAAAUAUAAAAUGACAUUCAAAGGCACAUAUGUCAAAAAAUCAACGGUUUAUUUGACGCAGCUGAAAAAAAGUGUCUAAUCUUAUUUCUACAGUUAUUUUCUUCGGUUUGAUUUUUCACCUGCCCAACAAAUGUCCGUUGGCUAGAGAGAAGAAUAAGCAUUGAACAGCUGUUUGCAAGCGCAAAAGGGCAUGGGACCUAAGAAGCGUCCCAUUACUGCAGCUGCCGCCGCUACAGCCGCCGCCGCCGCCGCCGCUGCCGCUGCCGUUACCAGCACAGAGCGUCAGCAACGUUCUUCUACAGUUGCGUCGGUUAAGAAACGUGCCCUUCCAAGCAAAGCAAACAGUUCGCCAGUAGGUCGAAAGCCAACGGCUGCCGCCGCUGCUACCGUUACCUCUACCGCUACAGGUGCCAGUAACGUGAUAUCCACGAAACGUGCUGUGGUCGGUCGUACGCCGUCGCCUGGUAAGAAACAGCAAACAACGCUCAGUAGUAGGGAUCGUGAGAAGGAGAAGGAAAUAAAUAAAGAUAAAGGCGAGGAAAAAGUGAAAGAGAAGGUGGAGGAGAACAAAAACGAAGUUCAAGACAAAACCAACAGCGCCGAGAGAGUAGUAGAAAAGCAAGAGUUGGAAAAAUCUGUGAACGAGAUCAACCCCAAACUGGUUGGCACAAAAGCCAACGAAGAGAUUGUAGUCAGGCAACUGCCGACAACUAAAUCCGACAAGGCCGAGGAGUCUGCGAAGCCGACUAAAUCUACAAAACGUACCCCUUCACGUGAGAAUGUGAAAAAGACUAGCACUUCCGAGACGCGCGAAAAGUCUUCCUGCACUUCCAAUAAGAAACCGGAUACGGAAAAACAAAAAGCCGAUUCCGAACCUCCAGCAAGCACAUCGAGCUCCACCUCCGCUGCCAGCAGUAAGAGCAAAGCGGAGGAACGCAAAGAUGGGAAGCAUAAAGCUAUAAGUAAAAUGCUUAAAAGCCUCGAUAUACAAAUAAGCGGUUUCGAUAACAUACUGCCAAGCGAGGAACGUAUACAAGAUACGCUCAAGUCCUCGAUAUCCGAGAAUGUAAAGACGAAGUCACGCGCAGCCGCAGUUAAGGUCAUAGCGAGUUUGAACCCGCCAAAAUCGAAUAUAGUGCGCUCCAAAGUGCGGCAAGAAGAAGAACGGAAGGAGAAGGAGAAGUGUAAAGAAAAGGAGAAGGAAAAAGAGAAAGAUAAAGGCAAAGAAAAGGACAAAGGAAUAGAGAAGGAGAAGGAAAAGGACAAAGAUAAGGUGAAGGAAAAAGCGGUAGAGAAAGUGAAGGAUAUAGAGAAAGAAAAAGAGAGGAAUGAAGGUAGAGAAAAAGUGAAGCCAGAAAAUAAAACCGAAGAAACUUACAAAGACACGGAAAAAACACAAGAAACUGAGCAAGUGAAUGAGCAUUUGAAGCCUCACAAAGAAGAAACCCACCCACAAGAAGUGCCAAAAUCAAAUGCACCUAAUUUGGACUCUGACAAAUUAAACUCAGCGAAAACUAAGGAAUCUCAAGCAUCGCCCUGUGCAGUAAAUAAAACUCCUACCCCGAAAAUGGCGCCUAAGAAGAAAGUAACCACCAAACGUCUCAAUAAGACCGAAGGGAAUCAGAAAAACAAAAAAGCGCCAACACAAAAAGAACUGGUGGAUGAUCCCAAGGGGCAGAAUCCAACGACUGUGGGAACACCGUUAAAGAAGCGACCACUGAAAGCAAAACCUGUAAAGACGGUUCUCGAGAAGCCAAUCGAGGAAGCUCCCAGCGCAUUAACUGAAGAAAAAUCGGAUAACAGGGUUGCCACAGUAGAGCCACCUGAGCCACCGGACAAAACUGAUGAUAAAGUAAAGGCUGAUAAGACGCAUAAAAAGACGCCGUCACCGAAAAAAGCAAAGACGAACCCAAAGAAUACAGACAAGUGCAAUAUACAAGAACCUGAGAAAGCUGCCGCUGACGAGCCGUCACAGUUGGUGGAAAAAGAAGAGACAUUAAGAAUAGUAUUAGACGCCAAUACGGAAGUAGUGCAAAUGGAUUUAGAAGAAAUGCCGGUAUGUGCAAGCGCACCCAAGGAGGUGGAAAACCAGAAGAAAGACACAACAGUAAGCGAACAAACUGUGAAGGUAGAGAAAGAGAAGAUGGAUGCUUUCAAACAGGAGGAGACUACUGAAAAGGCGUCGACUUCAGCAUCAUCCUCCCCGCUCAUCAGCAAGAAACAAACAUCAAACAUCAAGCAAAGGUUACAGAGCAAAUACAAAGUACCGCCGAUUAAGUCCAGCUCGGUUGCUAAGUUGGUGGGCAAGAAGUCGAAGUUUGCGCAAAAGUUGGACGUUGAGAAAUCGAGCAGCUCUUCCACAAAGGACGAUAUCUAUGACUUCAGAUCAGGGUCCGAGGAAGAAGACAACAUUAAAAUGGUGCUGCCUAAAUUGAAGAAUCUACGCGAGUUCGCAGAUGAAGAACAUAAGGUGAAACCGGCUAAGGAUGGGCUUGUGUGUAAACAAAAGUCGAUCGAACUGGAAGAGAAGGAAACGAAGGUGGAAGAAACAGCAGUAGAAAAGAAGGAAGACAUGGAAGAACCAGUGAAGGUAGAAUUGAAGGAAACGUCAGAAAAAAGCGAAAACGAAGAAAUGACAAAAGAAGAAAAUGAAAAGCCUGAAACUGUUGCAAUGAAUAAAUCUGAGAACACAAACGAAGUAGAGGCGGAGAGCGUUAAGCCCACGCCAAAAAAGAAGAAGGUUACAAAACCGAAAGUGACACGGAAAGUAUACAAAAAGAAACCUUUAAUCACAAAGAAAGUGCUAAAAACCGUUAAAGGCAAAAUGUUGCAGAAAACAGAAAAGGCAAAAGUGAAUCCCACUAAUGUGCAAAAGGACUCCUCGACGGGUAGUAGCGACUCGGAAGACGAAAAGAAACUGAUUGAUUUCGGACCUAAACGACAUCGUAUGGCUUCACUGAAUGCCUUGGCCAAAGUGCAAUGUCUCUAUGAGAACGAAUCGCGUACGGCGUAUGAGCUGGGCCUAUCUAAAGCGACGCAGCUGCCGCCCAAGAUACGCACCGUUGAUGGCAGUGAAGACGAAAAGGAGAAGGAUAAAGAUAAAGAUAAAGAAAAAGAAAAAGAGCCAGAUGAGAAAGUGAAAUUCAAGAAAGACAAGAGAGCCGAUGAUGUCAUCAAGUCCAAUGAACGGCAAAAGGCAGACUCGGAGGAGGAACCGCCGGAAGUGGAACCGAAGCGUGAAUUGCGUCAUGUACCAGGUGGGCGUGGCCUUGGUAAACAUUGGGAGUUCGAGGAGAGUGGCGAUAGUGAGGAUGAGGAGAUAGACAAAAUGAAGCUGAAGCGCAAGAAAUUGCAGAAGAAGCUGGCAAACAAGAAAGAAAAAGAAGCAGAGAAACUAAAAGAAAAGGAAAGACAGAGAGACGGAAAAGAAGAAGGUGCUUCCGGUAGUAAAAUUUCCAAGACAAAGGAAGAUAAAGAAAAAGACGGUGCUAAGGAAAAGGAGCCCAUCAGAGUAAAGCGCAAAUACACAAAAAUCAAGAAGCCAUUGAAGAAGUUAGUUAAGAUGAAGACCGAUAGCUCAGAUGCUGGCGAACAUAGCGAGGGAAGUGGUAAUGAAGAGAAAACUCUGGACAAAGAGAAAAAUAAAUCACAUAAAACCAAAUUGGAGGCACGUAAGCCACCAAAGAAGCGUAAGCGUAUGCUGCGUGAAGAGCUAAUCGGGGACUACAAGGGCAUAUUGGCACGCAAACGUAUGGCCAGCCUCAAUGCCAGUGCCAUAGUAGCCGCAACCUAUGAGGUGGAACGACAUUUGGAUAAAAAUCUCGCCUACGGCAGCUAUGAUAGUUCUGACGGUGAAGGAAAGACCUCUACACCAGCUAAGAAAACUAAAGAUGCAGCUAAAGAGGCUCGUAAAACUUCCAUGACUACAACGACGGCCAAAGAGACAACAAACAUGAAGGAUAUGGGCGAAACUACCGCCAAUGCAACAACUACAGCAAAUAGCUCUAAUGCGUCUAAUGCAAGUGGCACUGCCAGGGAGUCAUCCAGACCAUUGAAUUUGAAUGAAGAGAGCAACGAUUCGAAAUAUUCCAAAGAAACCAAAGAGACCAACACUGACACCACAACAACGGCUGGUUUCCGUGAUUCAGGUAGCACAAAAGAUGCAAAAGACUCCAGCCGACCCACCUCAUCGAGUGUGGUAAUUGUGCAGGACACCGACGUAACCAUUACCGGCGUGUAUGUGAACUCCACCACGGGCUCAAGUCAGGAGGCCUAUUGUAAAAUGCAAUACCGCGUGCAAUCAAGUGUAACCGAGGAGCGCGUCUUGCGUCCCAACUCAGUUGAUCCGCCAAAGUCUUACACGCCGCUAAGCGCGCUCUCUAGCAUGCUGCCACCGGGUGCCACGGGAAGUUCGACUGGUGCGAUGAGUGAUGCACAAGGUUCGCCACCACCACCGCCGCCGCCGCCUACUGCCGUCGGCACAACUUUACCUGAGGCGCUCAGCGGAGCAGGCAUGUAUCACGCCAGCGAUCUUGGCAUACACACCGAGCAUGGUGCACCUGAGCAUGGACCACCACCUCCAUCAUAUGCUGCCGCCGCCGCAGCCGCAGCUGCUGCCUAUCACGUACAUCACAUGUCGCCAGCUGCAGCAGCCGCAGCCGCCGCUGGUAUGCAUGUACACCAUCAGCAUCAAUAUGCACACGCACAUCCGCAUGCAUAUUCACAAGUGGGUGGUGAGCAUGGCAUGCACGGUGGACCACCACCCACAGCUGGCGGCCCACCACCGCCGCAUCAUUAUCAAGCGGCUCCACCGCCGCCGCACUACGGACCGCCACCACCACCGCCGUCCACGAGUGUGGUCGGAUCGGGACGUUGCGAUGUGGUAUCACCACCGCCUACCUAUCGAUCCAGCAUCUAUGCGCCACCUACAGGACCGCCGUCACAACAAACCGGGCCUAGUGGCCUGUUGCCACCACCACAUUCCACGCUGUCCAUGACAGCAGGUGGUGGCUCUAGCGCAUUCUGUGCACCAAAUAUACAUCAUCAACAAGCUCAACAUCAGCAUCAACACCAGCAGCAGCAACAAUUAGCGGGUCAGCAGCAGGAUGCAAGUGAUGCAAAAAAACACAAUCAAAUCAAAUCAAUCGGAAGUGGAAUAGCGAACAUAAAGCGGUCAGAUGGCUAUUACCAACCUGCCGGUCCAUUGAUCUCACCACACGUACUACCACCAGUAGCCGCUCCACCACCGCCGCCUCCUAAUGUGCCACUUCUGCCGACAGGUGCCGCCGCCUCCGCUUCUGCUUCUAUCAAAAAAUCACAACAAAUACCUGCGCCGCUUAGCUCCGAUCCGGAGCUUGUCGCAGCCGGCCAACAGCAGCCACCACCAUCAUCGGCUACAACCGCCGAAAGCGCAGAGGGUGAUGUGCUUAUUACAGGUGGAGAUUUGACACCCUUCCGUUAUCCGCCGGUGGCCCAUAGUGGUGCGCCCCCCACUCAGCAACAGCAGGUGCAGCACCAGCAGCAUCAACAACAGCUACACCAACAGGCUGCCGCCGCUGCUGCCGCUGCUGCUGCUGCUGCGGCCGCCGCCGCACAUCAGAGCUCACCAUAUCCACGCUCGAUGCAUGCGCAGAUGCACUACUCGACUGCGUAUCCGGCCAACUAUUGUACACCAUAUCCGGUGGAAGCGGUGUGCUAUUCACCGCCCACAUAUCAACCCUACUUUUCCACCAAAGUCUAUCAGAGCGCGGGUCCGCCACCACCACCACCUUCCACAUACCGACGCUAUCCUUACUAUCAACCGGGUCAUCCGCCACCACCAGCCGAACUGUACGAACAGGGACCGCCACCACCACCACCACCUUCCACAUACCGACGCUAUCCUUACUAUCAACCGGGUCAUCCGCCACCACCAGCCGAACUGUACGAACAGGGACCGCCACCACCACCACCAUCAUCAGUGGCGGCCGCGAAUGGUGCAGCAGCAGCAGUUGGACCACCACCGCCAACGUCCGUACAGGGACCACCACCAACUGCACCGCCCCCCGGAACACAACUUGUGCCGGCUGGACCGGCAGCACACGCACAGCACCUCGAACACUAUCCGGGUCCACCGGGCUAUUAUACUAGUUAUAGCCCGGGAGGUGGCGCUGCGGGGCAGUGUUACACGCGCAGCAUACAGGGACCAUAUAUGGAAUAUCCACCACAGUGUCCGUGUCCAAUGCAACAAUCGUGUCCAAAAAACGUCCAUACUGGGCCUCAUAUUGGUAGCAACAACGGCAGCAGCAGCAACAGCAACAACAGCACGAACAACAACAACAACAACACUCACAACAGUUGUUCAGCGAUGCAUCAUUUGAGCAGCAGCAAUACGUUGAUGAAUGGCAGCAGCAGCAACAGCAGGGAAAUGAACAACAGCAACCGCAGCAGCAGCAACAACAACAACAGCAGCAGCAGCAGCAGCAGUUCGAAUAUGACGAACAACAGCCUGAGCAGCCGGAACAGCAGCAACAGCAACAGCUCGACCAACAACAAUUCAUUGACUACCAGUAGAGGCCCAGUUAAAAAAUCGACGACGAUGACGGCAACAACAACACAACUAACAUCGACAGCAACCAACGGCAACGCACCAGUGACAGCAACCGCCAUUGCGCUGGCGUCGGCCACCCCAACACAACUCGACGAUCUGCUGCACUUCGACAAACAACAGACGCAACAGCAUUUGGAUCUCCUGCAGUCGGUCAAGUCCGAGUUGAAAUUGGAGGACUCAGAUAACAAGAGUCAAUAUGAGGAGAGCGUGGUACAGCCACCAACGCCACCCGAGAGCUACACGACCAACGACGAAAAGCUAUUAGACACGCUAACGGAACACGAGUUGUCAUCGUCGGCACUUGAAGAGGCUAACGCGAAACUGCUCUUACGCAGUAACCAAAGUGACCACAAAAUGGCAGUGACAGAAAACAAUAAACAGCAGCCGAAGCCGCUUUACGCGCGCGGUGCGCAGAGCAACCUUGCGCCGCCGACAAUAGUGGAGGCCUUCGACUUGACAAACGCAACGGAGACCCCGCUACCUACAACGCCGACGCCCGGUUUAACAAACAGUAGCAACAACACCAACAACAGCAACGGCAAUGUCAAUACCGUAGCCGUCAGCAACUCUACCACGUUGCCGCUAUUAGGCCGCAAGGCGCGCAUUGGCAAGACGAUGGCGCGUGAAAUGGUGUACGCCGGAGCGGCGGCAAAUGUAGCAACACACGCCCAUAACAGCGCCCAGGCGCAUUCGACACCAAUGAUACACGUGCGCACACUACCGCAGCAGCCACAGCCGCCGCUACAGAUUCCGCCGCAGCUCGCGCAACAGCCCGUACAGCAAGCCUCUGCACAGUUGGUUGCGCUACAGCCCGAACAGCUGCUGACCACCAUAACACCAAGUCCCUCACCACAAGUGCCAGCGUCUAUAAACGAGUCAUGUCCGCCAAGCACGGCAAUACAGUCUCCAAAUGAAGCUCCUUUUCUGCUGAAAACAGAAAUUAAAGCGGAGAAAAUUAAGCUGGAAGAUGAUGAACCCCUGUUGAAUGCUGUGUUACAGCUCCAACAACAGCAAGAGUCUAGCAAUGACCUCGAGAAACCCAGUGAAAAGGCUGAACUGAAGCUUAUCAAGGCUGAGCCACUGUCAUGGACUGGCGAAGAUGUGACCGCGGCGUCGGUAUUGACAGAUGUCAUGGAAACAUCGACUUUGAAACCAUUAGGUCGCAUGCGCCUUUUACCCAGCUGGCAGCAGCCGCCAGUCAUACAAUGUGACAUAGACCUCUCUACGACCUCAGACGAUGAUGUGCUCGAUCUCUGUCAUAGUCCGGCCACCUCUACGUCGGGCAGCGGUCACAAGGCACGCCUCAAGAUACUUAACUUACCCAAGGCACAACUGCAGUGCAAGAAGUCAGCGCCAAACGGCUAUAAAAGCCUAAUUAAGCAAGCCGAACCACGCACCUACUUGUGCCUGAGUGGUCGAAAGCUCGACAAACGUGGCCGCUACAGUAAAUUGCAAUUAAGGCAGGCCGGUAAAAUUGCAGGCGUCACUGGCACGAUACGGCGUCGUCAAUUGGUGCUGACCGACCAACAGAAGAAACAACUGAAAUUGCGCAAGAAGAAACUGCAAGCGCUUGAGCGACGCAAGCAAGAGGUGUUGGAAAAGCGACGUGCUGCCGCCAAGCAGGAACGCAUGCUGCGCAGGAAGCUGUUGAAGAAAUCGAUCGCUGCCUGUAGCAUAAAGCAGGAAGAAAACGAGCCCAGCGCCGAUGAAAUUGUCGAUCUGGUUGAAGAACCAGAUCAAACGGAGAGCGAAUUCAGCGAAAUGACGCAAACGGAUGUGCCAACCAUGCGCAUGCUGCUGACCGAAAGCAGCAGUAACAGCAACAGCAACAGUAGCAGCAGCCUAAACACGCUUAGAGUAACGCCAAAACCAUCACCCAAACGCGGCAAGACACCGCGCAAAACAUGUAUACCAUUACACCUGAUCGAAACUAUUGACUCAGUGGCGCGGGGUUACUUUUCCGAACCUGAAACGUCACGCUGUAGUGGCGCGCUCAACCCCUACGCCGCCAACUGUAAUGCGAUUGACGCUUCGGAAGAACAAACUUUGGAUACGACAACAACGGGACGCAAACAGAAGAAAGACAAGAAAGCGAGCGUCGAGAAGCGCUCUAAGUCGGAGACGAAGAAACCGAUUAAAGCGACAGCAGCUGUUGGGUCCGAAAUAACUGAUGUUGACUACACACUCGCGGCAGCGACGUUAGCAGCGCGUGUCACGAAAACUACCUCAGAACUAACAGGACGUACUUUGGGCACGUGUGAAGUGGAGAUUAAGACAUCGCUGGAUUUGGCGGAACAGAGCGCAGAAACGGCAUACGCCGCGUGCAUAUCACCGACGCUCGCUGAGCCUACACGCAACGCCAGCAGCGCCAACAAGAAGUCGACGAGCAACAAGUCAAAACGUUCACCGACUAAACGGAAAACGUCCAAGACGAAGAAGCCGAAGAAGCAAAAGGUGAAUAAGAAGAAAUCGCAACUGUCCGAUAGUGACUAUAGCGCGCACACUUUCGAGCCAACGACUUCAGCGCCACUACCAGAGGCAACAGAGCAACAUGCAUUGGAGACGAACAAUAACAUUUAUGAGAAGUGCAGUGCAGCAGAAGAGAGCGCAGUGGUCGAGAGCGUAGCGCAAAUGGUGGAUGAUGAGGCACCUGAAGAAGAGCAUGAGAACUUAGCGUUACAAAAAGUCAACACUGAGUCAAGUGACAAACAUUCCAAUGUACAAGUUUUCCUGCCACCCGUGCCGCCCAUGCCGCGUAUUGUCUGCCAACCACACCACGGCACGAAGCGCACACGUUCACGUUCAAAAUUCGGCAGUCGAAAGCGUCAAAAAGCGAAACAUUCCACGGUCUCAUUCGAAGUAGACGAUCGCCUGCCGCCUGCAACGCGUGGCGAUGUCGUGCCCAAGUGGAAUAAUGGUUGGACGUGGGAGGGCGAACCGUUCCAGGGCGCAGUUUUCCUCAAUAGCGACGAUCCGCUAGUCAUACGCACCUGUUAUCCCGCCAUGCGCCACUCGGAGGGUGACAUAAUACGCACACGUGACUGUGUGCUGCUCAAGGCGAAUGAGGAUAAUGAUCUGCCGUAUGUGGCCAAGGUGGCGCAUUUGUGGGAGAAUCCCGAAGAUGGUGAAAUGAUGAUGUCCUUAUUAUGGUACUACAGACCUGAGCACACCGAGCAGGGUCGCCAGCCUAACGAUAGUCCCGACGAAGUGUAUGCGUCGCGGCAUCGUGAUCACAACUCAGUUGCCUGCAUUGAAGAUAAGUGCUACGUGCUCACUUUCAGCGAAUACUGCAGAUACCGCCGUCGUCUACGUGCCGCCGAAGAGGACAUUGAGGAGGAAGUCUCCAUUGUGCCGAAACGUUCCAGUUGUUAUAGUAUACGCACCGUGCCUGACAAUACCAAUCCCGAGCUUGUUAUGUUCUGCCGGCGCGCCUACGAGUUUCGCACGAGGCGACUGCUGAAGAUGCCCAACAAACAGGACUACAUUGUGGUGAACGGUUAAGCGACCGAGUGGCAAAGCAGCCGGCCAAAAACAAAAACACAAAAACGCUGGAGUCAUGUCUAAAUUUCCAUUAUGAACCGAAUCGUGCACGGAAAUAGAGAAAUGGAGUGGAAAAAAGUUGAGAGAAAGUCUAUUUUUUAUGGCUGAAAAUGAAGGCAUUUCGCUGUUGGCAUCAAAGGUGCUACAAAAGCGCAUGCGCGACACACAAUUGCACAUUGAAAUGUGUUGAAUAGAAAUUAUUUUCAAAAAAAAAAAAAA